CGAUCGAUCGAUCGAUCAGCCAUGGGUUCUUGGGUGAAGAAACAAGUUCUGGGAAAGGGCACGUUUGGCACUGUUAGUCUGGCAGUAAAUUGCUUCCCCAAGGACUCACUGCACAUCCCUGCAAUGGCGGUGAAGUCUGCGGAUUUCAAGAACUCCUCAUCGCUUCAGAAAGAAGCCAAGAUCUUGUACGAACUGCGCGAUUGCCCUGGAAUCGUUCGCUGUUUUGGGGAAGAUGUCACCGUCGAGGACGGCAAGAGAGUGUACAACAUGUUACUCGAGUUUGCUCCCGGAGGUUCCCUCGGGGAUCUGAUCAGACAAAGUGGAGGGCACUUGCCGGAAUCUGACGUUGCGGAAUACACUCGUACGAUCCUCGAAGCCCUGAGCUACAUGCAUGGAAAAGGCUACGUUCAUUGCGAUAUUAAACCGGGCAACAUUCUUGUCUUCCCGUCUAAAGAUGGCGGGAACAACGUGAAGAUUGCGGAUUUUGGGUUGUCGGCAAAGUGGAGUGACUGCAAGGUGGAAGGAAGCCCGGGUACCCUUCUUUACCGAUCGCCCGAAUCGAUUCUGUUUGGUUCGACCAAAGCCUCUGUGGAUAUCUGGUCUCUGGGAUGCACGGUAGUUGAGAUGGUUACAGGAAAGUCAGUGUGGCCGACGGCAAUAUUCGAACUCAAGGGCGUCAAUGAGCUGCUACGUGAGAUUGCGUUAGGGAAAAGACCGCCGAAGAUCCCUCAGAACAUGUCUGACGAAGGAAAAGAUUUCUUGGGAAAGUGUCUGGUUAAGGAUCCCAAGUUGAGAUGGACGGCCGACAUGCUUUUGAAUCACCCUUUCCUCCAGCAGGUGAAGGAGUCUGCACGGUUACAAGAUCAACAGAUGAACAACAACAACAAGGCAAUGCCAUGUUUUGCACGUUCCAGUAACUGCGAUGAUAAAUGGAUCCACGAACAGUUGGAGGCUGCAGGUUGGAGAAGAUUAUACCAAAACCAGAAGCGGCCGAGUUGGGUUGGAAGGAAGCUUUCACAUGCACAAGCUGCUGACAGAAAGAAGGAAACUUUUUCACAUGCAAGAGUGAUAAAAUUUAUACGGCCCAAACCAAAAACCAAAGCAUGGAAUGAUUCACAUAUAAAGAUGAAGUAA